AUGCAGAUAUUCGUGAAGACGCUUACCGGGAAAACGAUAACACUUGAUGUGGAGAGCAGCGACACGAUUGAGAAUGUGAAGGCGAAGAUCCAGGACAAGGAGGGCAUUCCGCCUGAUCAGCAACGAUUGAUAUUUGCAGGGAAGCAGUUGGAAGACGGUCGUACUUUGUCUGAUUACAAUAUUCAGAAAGAGUCUACUCUUCAUCUGGUGUUACGCUUACGUGGCGGUAUGCAGAUAUUCGUGAAGACGCUUACCGGGAAAACGAUAACACUCGAUGUGGAGAGCAGCGACACGAUUGAGAAUGUGAAGGCGAAGAUCCAGGACAAGGAGGGCAUUCCGCCUGAUCAGCAACGGUUGAUAUUUGCAGGGAAGCAGUUGGAAGACGGUCGUACUUUGUCUGAUUACAAUAUUCAGAAAGAGUCUACUCUUCAUCUGGUGUUACGCUUACGUGGCGGUAUGCAGAUAUUCGUGAAGACGCUUACCGGGAAGACGAUAACACUCGAUGUGGAGAGCAGCGACACGAUUGAGAAUGUGAAGGCGAAGAUCCAGGACAAGGAGGGCAUUCCGCCUGAUCAGCAACGGUUGAUAUUUGCAGGGAAGCAGUUGGAAGACGGUCGUACUUUGUCUGAUUACAAUAUUCAGAAGGAGUCCACCCUUCAUUUGGUACUCCGCCUACGCGGUGGUUGA